CCUACUUUAUCAUAUUAUAGUCGUCGGUAGUGUCAACUUCACCCCAUCUAACUUUCUCCAUUCCUUGAGAGGUUCAUAAUAAUCUCUACAUGUAAUAUUCCUUUAUUUUUCUCGUCUCGUCUCGUCUUGUUUCAACCUGCAAAAUAUGGAGGACCAAGAUAUGCAUAUCUGUACUGACAUCAACAGUGAUGAUAUGAGCAAGGUACUGCCUACCAGCCUUGCUUACUUUAACAAGAAAAGAAAGUUUCAAGCUGAACAAUUGGGAAUGCCUCUACCGAAGCAUAUGUGCUCAUAUCAGAGCUAUGCUGAAUGCAGUUCUUCACCUACUGGCACAGAGGCUAAAGAGUCUUUGGCAUGCAUGAUUAUAGUAGAAAAUGAUGCAAGGGGCCAAGAUGAUGAUUCGGAACUAGAAUCUGAGAAUGGAAGCAAUAGCUUUUCUGGAGAUACUGACUCUGUCACGUCAAAAAUUGAUCCUGCUUGUCUGAAAUCAUGUUCGUCCGAUCAGGCUUCAACUUCAUCUUUUAAUUUGGGCGGCAACUGGUCCAGAAAGGCCCUUUAUUCUUUGGAGAGCAGAUCAGUAACAAAAUUAACGCCUAAUAGGCCGGAGCAACCACCAUCAAUGGAUUAUGAGGAGCACUUGCUGGAAUUUGGAAAUCAUGAGGAUUGCACUAGCGCAGAAUGCAGGAAACAUGAGGGCGUUGAGCUGUCAACAGAAAAGGAAAUUGAAAAUUUGCUAUACUCCAAUGUGAAUCCAAACAAUUAUGUUCUUUCAUCUGGAAGAUGGACUGUUAACCAAGAUUCGCAACCAAGUCCCAACAAUCUAACCAUUGACAAAGAGUUUGAGCAGUACUUUUCCAUGCUGAUGCUGUAACAGAAACCAUCCAGUUCGAACGGCUGGUAACUGUGGUUAAUAAUUGGUUUCAAUGGCUUUUUUAUAUGGUUAUUAUUGCUAUAUUGUAUGUAGCCCUUAUAGCACCAGAAACAAAUAUGAGAAUUUGGUAUUUAAGUACUUGAACGAUCAUUGUACAUAUGUUUUUGAACCAAUUUCUUCCUCGGAAAUAUGACUAAUUUUCUUGCAGA